CCUGCCGGAGAGGAUCGACAAGGAAGGGAGAGAGGCUUUUAAAAAUUGUCGGGGGGUAUUUUGUUUUAAACCAAACAACCCCAAAACAUUUCGCUGGGGAUCUGCUGCCUCCCUCCCCCAUGGUCCGUUAAAGAGUAUCUUCCCCCGGAGGACCCCCGUGUUUGUGCCUGGCGUGUGGCGCCCGCUUCUCAAAGGGGGGAAAAGUUCUUCCAAAAUAGUGUGCGCGGAGAAGAGGAUGGGGGAUUUUGCAACCCCCGCCGCUGCCGCGAACGGCGGCAGCCUUUGCCUCAACAAUAACCUGAGCAGCAGCCUCGGCGGGGCCGGGAUCGGCGUGAACAACGCUCCCCACGGCCCUCCUCCCGGUAACAGCGCUACUCAUAGCGGCGGCGGCGGCGGCGGCACUAACGGGAGCAGCGGCGUUCCCAAGCACAGCACCGUGGUGGAGAGGCUGAGGCAGCGCAUCGAGGGCUGCAGGAGGCACCACGUCAACUGCGAGAACAGGUACCAGCAAGCCCAGGCCGAGCAGCUGGAGCUGGAGCGAAGGGACACGGUGAGCCUCUACCAGAGGACCCUGGAGCAAAGGGCCAAGAAAUCGGGGACCGGAGGCGGCGGCGGCAGCAAGCAGCAGCAGCAGCACCCGAGCAGCAAGCAGCAACAAGAUGCCGAGUGUGCCACGGCCGAGCAGAGGAACCACACGCUGAUCAUGCUUCAAGAGACAGUGAAGAGAAAGUUGGAAGGAGCACGCUCACCCCUCAAUGGCGAACAGCAGAAUGGAGCCUGUGACAGUAGCUUCUCCCCAACCAGCAAGCGGAUACGGAAGGAUGUACCUGGGAUUGAGGGAAUCAACAGCUUGCCCAAUAAUUUGCCUUUGCCUUCUAUUUCCCCUCUUCACCAGCUUGACAUAAAACCAUCACUGCCCUUGCAGAACAGUGGAACUCAUGCUGGUGGUCUGGAUGACCUGGGUAAAAACGGUGGACUUCCAGAGAUAAAACUCCCAAUCAAUGGAUGCACAGAGCUUGAGGAUAGUUUUAACAUCCUGCACAACAACAGCAACAACAGCAAGGAGCUAAAACAAGAGCCCUUGGAUGAUCCUAGCUGCAUGGACAAUUCUGACACAUCACUUUCAAAUCAGAAUAAACUUUUUUCAGACAUUAACCUGAAUGAUCAAGAGUGGCAGGAGUUAAUAGAUGAGCUGGCUAACACUGUUCCAGAGGAUGACAUACAAGAUUUGUUCAAUGAAGACUUCGAAGAGAAAAAGGAGCCUGAAUUUCCCAGACCAGCCACUGAGAUUCAAGAGAGUGCGAGUGUUAAAAGUGACCCAUCGCACUCUCCAUUUGCCCAUGUUCCUCUUGGGUCUCCCCAGGUAAGGCCUUCUUCUUCAGGUCCUCCAUUUUCAAAUGUCCCUACAGCAUCUAGCAUACCUUCUGUCUCUAGCGCGCCCCCAGCUCCACUCUCUGACAGCUCACCAGCAAAUUGUGUGGUUCAGUCACCCCAGACUCCUAACCAAGCACAUACCCCAAGCCAAACUCAGUCAAGGCCGGGUAAUGGUUAUCUCAUUAAUCCAACAACAGUGGCAACAGCUGCCCCGGGGCCUGGCCAAGUGGCUGUGCCCAGCACUGACUUAUCUCCAGCUGAACAGCUUAAACAGAUGGCAGCACAGCAGCAGCAACGAGCUAAGCUCAUGCAGCAAAAGCAGCAGCAGCAGCAGCAGCAACAUCCAAAUCAAGCAUCUAGUUGGUCUCCAGUGGGGCCUCCAUCUAGUCCUUAUGGAGCACCCUUCAGUACAGACAAACCAAAUAGCCCAAUGAUAUAUCCCCAAGCCUUUAACAACCAAAAUCCUGUAGUGCCUCCUACGGCAAGCAACCCACAAAAGACUACGAUGAAUAACUACCUCCCUCAAAACCACAUGAAUAUGAUCAGUCAGCAGCCAAAUAAUCUGGGUACAAACUCCUUGAGCAAACAACCCAAUAUGCUUUCUUAUGGCAACACUAAACCUCUGACUCAUUUCAAUGCUGACUUGAGUCAAAGAAUGACUCCACCGAUGGCCAAUCCCAGCAAGAAUCCCAUGAUGCCAUACAUGCAGCAACAGCAGCAGCAGCAGCCCCAACAACCGCAGAUGCAGGCUCAAAUGACGCACUUGAGUGAGGAGCAGAAGCGCAUGCUUAUCAUGAAGCAGAAAGGAAUGAUGAACCAGACGAUGGCUUAUGGAACACUUCCCUCCCUUGGUCAGGACCAGCACGCAGUGGGACUGUCUCGGUCCACAGGUCCCAUGCAGUCCUCGGUGCCACCAGGAUCCAGUAACGUGGGCACAAGUUCGGUCAAUGCCAGUUUCUUGGGUGGACAGCCUCAGGCUGCCCUUAUGAAGCAGAUGCUGAUUGAGCAAAGGGCCCAGCUCCACAUGAUGGAACAGCAGAAGCAGCAGUUUCUACGAGAGCAGCGGCAACAGCAGCAGAUCUUGGCAGAACAGCAUUUGCAGCAGCAGCAACAGCAACAGCAGCAGUCGCAUCUGCCUCGGCAGCACCUCCAGCAACAGCAGAGGAACCCCUACCCUGUGCAGCAGGUCAAUCAGUUCCAAGGUUCCCCGCAGGAUAUAGCGGCAGUGAGAAACCAGGCAGCUCUUCAGAGCAUGAGGACUUCCCGAAUGAUGUCCCAGAACACCAGCCUAAUGACCAUGGGAGCCUCACAAAACACUGCUGCAAUGUCUGCCGCAGCUGGCCAAUCCGAGAUGGGGAUGGCUCCCUACAGCAGCCCAGCAGCUGGCCAGCCAGGAAUGUACAAUAUGAACACAGGAAUGAGCCAAAUGUUGCAGCACCCAAACCAAAGUAGCAUGAGCCUGGCACACAACCCAAGUCAGGGGCCGAGGCAGCCCACCUCGACACAAGGGGUUGGCAUGGUCAGUAGUUUUGGUCCAAACAUGUUGGUGAACUCUGCCAUAUCUCAACAACACCAGCAGAUGAAAGGACCUGUGGGCCAGGUUCUACCCAGACCACAAGCUCCCAGACUUCAAAACAUGAUGGGGCCUGUCCCGCAAGGAGCACAGAACUGGCAGGCACGAGGCUUGCAAGGUAUCCCUGGAAGGACUAGCGGCGAAAUUGGACCUUUCAAUAAUGGUGCAGCUUACCCGAUGCAAUCUGCCCAACCAAGGUUGCCUAAGCAACACUUCCCACAAGGCAUUAGUCAGUCUGUCAUGGACACAAGUGGAACAGUACGGACCCUGAAUCCAGCGAUGGGAAGGCAAAUGUUGCAACCACUCCCUGGACAACAAGGAACCAACAACCAAGCUAGACCAAUGGUUAUGCCUACAAUAAGCCAAGCAGUUCCCACCAUGGCUGGUUUUAACCAGUCCCCUGCACAACAGAUACCAGGGGGUAGCUUUGCUCAGAGCAGCCAAGGUCAGAUCUAUGAGAGGAAUCCCACUCAGGACAUAUCUUAUAGUUACAGCAACGAAGGAGCUGGCGGUUCCUUUCCAAGUAUAGCAGACAGCACAGACCUCGUAGAUUCCAUCAUUAAAGGUGGGCCAGGAGAUGAGUGGAUGCAAGAACUUGAUGAGCUGUUUGGAAAUCCGUAGCACAUGGGGAUAUGUAUAGUUACAA